GGUAUUUGGGGACAAGCAACCAGUAUCUGUGCCUUAAAAGGCUCAUCGGUGGAGCUGCCCUGCUCUGAACAUCCCACUUCAAGCAAGACAUGGUAUACUCUACACUGGGAAGAUUACAAAGUUAUUCAAAAUGAGCUCUCUGAAGACGGACAUCGAGUGACAUACAACAUGUCUGAGGGGAGUAACUUCACUCUAACAAUCAAUGAUUUAAGAGAGACUGAUGAAAAUGUUUACUACUGCGGAGAGAAUUCAGAAAACUCCUGGCACCGAAGAAUUCAGCUUUAUGUUGCCGGUACAGUGGCUGUCAGUACUUCAUUACUUCAAAAAUCGUAUAUUUAUAUGAAAACUAAUUUAGUAUACCACUAUCCAGACCUGCAGGUAAAGGUUAUUCCUGCCACAGAGGGACAGACAGUAACACUGAUGUGUAACACCAGCUGUCCUCUGACUGAAAACCCUGCAGCCUACAUCUGGUACAGGAACAGAGAGUUUCUCUAUCAGGACUGGUCUCCCUGGUACCAACAGCUGGUCAGCAGUGACAAAGCAGUCAGAUACUCCUGUGCUAUCAAAGGCUACGAGGGUCUCAGAGCCCCUGAAGUCUCAGUGGAUUCUGUUACAACAGCCUGCUUUAGCGUGACCUACGCUAAAGGAAGAAUGUGUUUGUAUAAUCAGAAAUCAGAGGAUGAGGCAUGCUCCAUCAUGUAUCCCAGAGGUGAAGUUUUCUCCACAUUCCACACUCCACAAACAUUUACAAACACAAAUAACACACCUCCUGAAAGACCCCCCCAACCUAAAUAAAAUACUCGCUACUGGCAAAGUUACUGUUAAAUAUAUUCUGCAGUUUUCAAUAAUUGUCUCUCAACAGAAAUACAUGUUCAGAAGACACUUGCAGAGGGCUUUGUCAUUCUGACCUGUAUCACCAGCUGUCCUCUGACUGACCCUCAAACCACCUAUAGGUGGUAUCAGAACAGACAAUUGCACAUAUACACUG